AUGUAUCUUCAAGGCCACACCUUUUUAAACCUUUCCAUUGGAGCAGGCAAAUCUUGCGAAACGGAAUGUCUUUACCGGAGAGAGUGCGUGGCAAUCAACAUUGGUCCAGCAAUUAAUGAUAUGAGGGUCUGUGAGUUGUGUAACUCAGAUCACAUACAGCAUCCUAAUGAUUUAAAACGAAGAGAACGUUGGACGUAUAAAGGUACACAGGUAUGGCGAAUUUCACUGGAAUAAAUUAAUGACGGCAAUGGUUGUGAAUUAUCUUGUGGUAAGCGUUUAACUGUUCAUAGCCCAAAAACUGAAGUUUUAGCUAUGGAAGUGAUGAUGACAAUGACGAUCAAAAGAUAGUGAUGACGACCGUUGGGUGUCAGAGAUUUUUCAUAUGCGGUUUCCUGUUUCGGUUAACUGUUAUAGUGACCGCUCGUGUCUUCGGUUCUCUCACGAAGAUUGCACUUGUCCGUCUUCCCUCCAGACAAGGGGAACCAACCAAAACGGACUUUUACAAAGUCUAGCCAAAGAUCUGUCGAGCGGCGAUGAAGAAGAUAUAAAAUAAUGAUGAGAAUGGUAAUAGGGGGCACUGACUACUUGCAGUCUCUCAGGAUUGUCGCGCGUGCGAGAAUGUUACGUGUGAGCGAGCGAGCGAGCGAGGCAAACGCGCAAGAGGAAAGACAGAAAAGGAAAAGCCUCUCUCCAGUUCCCUUCUCGAGGGUCUGAAUGAAGGUACCUAGAUAACACUAAACACUUUAUUUUUUGGCUUUGUAACAUGAAAUAGUUAAAGUUUAGGCAUUUAAACACUAACUGUAAAGAUUCUUUGAAACAAUAAUUUUUUCCCAGAUAGAGGCAAUGAAAAUUACAAACCUUUUGCGGGAAGUAGUAAAUUAUGGGAAAAUAACACCAAGCAUUAAACUCCAUUCAGACCCUCCUUCUCGACUGGUUCGUUCUCUCGAGCUCUGCCAAGUCUCGAUUCGACAGACUGAAAAGGGAACUGCUCGAAGUCCACAAUAUAAUAUUAAAAUUUUAUGAAGUCUAAAUUACGCUUUCAUUUUCACUAGAAUAUUUGUGCCUACAAACCUUGCUUGAACAAUGCAAAGUGUUUCCUUGGAUAUACGGAUAAGGGGUUUCUUUGCGAAUGCCAGUCUGGUUACACGGGAGAACUCUGCGAAACAGGUAAUUAU